CGCUAUCACUUGCUAAGUUGAGCGUCGAAAAUGGCGGACUCCUUGAGGCGGUUAGUAAAUAUCGGCUCAUUUUCAGUACUCCAGGAAAAGUUAGAAAAAUGGCUGAGCGAUUAUUAUGUGAGUAAAAAUUUAUUUUUAUGUUUAUUUGCAAUUAAUUGAAUUCGGAAUUGCUUUUGUUUUGUGUUUAUAUUUUUUAAUUAAAAUGUAAUCCGUUGCUAUGGUCUUGUGAGCACAAAUUCAAAUUUUGACCACUUGGACGCGCAAUCACUUGCUUAUCUUAUUUUAUUACCUUAUUUUUUGUUAAUUUAUUGUUUUUUCAUUUACAAUUUUGAUUCUUAGCUGGGUAAGCCCUUAGUUAAUAUUGUAUUAUUCUAUUUGAUUAAGUUUUUUUUUUUUUUAAAGAUUGGAUAUUCUGUUGCCAAACUUUUAGUUUUUUAUUUUUUUUUUUUUUUUUUUUUUUUUUUUUUUUAUUUUUUUUUUAUUUACAAUUUUGUUUUUUUGUUUGGUUAGCCCUUAGUUAAUAUUGUAUUUUUCUAUUUGAUUAAGUUUUUUUUUUUUUUAAAGAUUGGAUAUUCUGCUGCCAAACUUUGAGUUUGAGUGCCGCCGAAAACGCGACUCGCUCAGACUAGCACUAGCAGCAGGAUUAGCAUUAGUAGUGUUGUAACCGCUAAAAAAAAAAAGUAGGCCUACUUCGUAUCGACUCGGCCUUGUGUUUGUUUAUGUUCUAUUACAAAUCUUGAUAACAGCCAGAAACAUAAUUUAAUUAUGUCAUGUUACUAACAUUAUUUUACAUAAAUAUAUUAAAAUAAUAUUAUUUUAUAUAAUUAAUUAUAAUAAUUAUUAAUAAUAAUAAUUAUAAUACUAGUACUAGGUCUAGGAACUAUAGUAUAGCCUACUGACUUAGACAAUUAGAUAAAUAAAAUUAUAUAAUAUUAACAUAAUUAAGUUUAUAAGUAUCAGCAGUACAAUUAAAACUAAUAAUACUGUUAAUAAUACUAUAAUUAUAAUGUAUUAAUUAUAAAUGUUAUUUACAGUAGGCCCAUAUAUGUAUAUUAUGUAUAGAUUUAAUUUGUUUAUUUUAUUUUUUUUUAAAUUAGGCUAAUCUCAUUUAUAGAAAUUUAAAGUGUUAAUUUUGGCUAAUAUGAAUCAAAAGUUUUAAAAUAUAUACAUAUAUUCACAUUUUUUUCGGAACAAUUUUACUAGAACUAGACAAAGCAAAUUUAAAUUAAAAUCUAUAUUUUUAAAAAGUUUGAAGUCAAAGACUGCUUCAAAAUUAUUUUAUUUAAUUAAUGAAUAAAUUUAAAUAACCAUAUUAGUAAGUAAUUAGGCCGGCAAUGUGAUGACAGUAGUCCAUUUUUUAAAAAGAGUUGGCAUAAAAAAUUUUUUUAAAUACCAGAAUAUGAAUGUAGACUGUAGACAAAAGUCACACAUUAUUUAAAAAUAUUUAAUAGAAUGAAACAAUUCUUGUAUCUGAAUUUAUUGAGGCCUUGUAUCAAUAUUUAAAGGCAGUGUCUACACGUCCGGCAAGUGGACAAAUAGUGCGUGAGAUAUUCAUCCGGCUUGCAUGUCUUGCUUUAUUUAACUUGUCAAACUUUAACCAUUUUGUUCUUUAUAUAUACCAGCAAUGGGUCUAGUAUUUCUUUUGCUGAAUUGAACAUAUUUCUUUUUCAAGUAAAUGUUCAGACUAUCUUGAAUUUGUUGAAAUGAAGUACCUUAAAAUCUGAUAGACUAUUAGCGCUCACAUGGCAAGGCUGACAGACAAAUAUCUCACGCAACUUUGUUAGGAUGGUCAUGGACGUGGUCAAAUAUAAAUUAGUCAGAUGAACAUCUCAAGACCUUAAUCGUCCGGACACCGGAUAUGUAGAUACUUCGAUAUUUAAAAGAAUCGAUCCUAAUUUGAAUGGUGUUAUUUUAAUAAAAGGAUAUUUUCUCUACUUUAUGAACUCAUUUUUCUAGGGGGAUUUUAUUUUCCCCAUUUAAGUUUUUAUUUAAGGCUUAGUAAUGAGACAUAAAACAUGUGAUUGAGUAUUAAACCAUUAUAUACUUGUUUUAUUCCAAAUUGAACAUUUUAAUUACAAGAUAAAACCCAUUUAUUGUCAUUUUUUUUUAUAAAACUAAAUCAUUUUUUUUAAAUCAAACACCCAAUCAGCAUAAAAAUACAGUAGGACUGAGUAUGAGAGAUUUUUUUUUAAUGAAUAUAUAUAUAUAAUAAUGCAACAUUACCUAAGCUCAAGAAUGAAAAAAAAAUUCUAUGUCACUCAAGCUAAUCUAAUUAAAAUGAUCAUUCAAAUAUUAUGUGAGUAAUUUGAAUUUUAUGUUAGCAAUAAUAUGUAGAUUUUUCACUUCUAAAAACUGUUAAGAAAAUGAAUUGUUCUAUCAAAUGACUCAAUUGCUUCUUUUUUAUUUUAAUGGGUCUUUAAUUAAAACUGUUGAUAGAGUUUCCCAUCUGUUCAAUUGGUUUUAUCUUUGGGAUUUCACUCUGGAAAUUGGCAAGUCUGCUAUUGCACAGUUUUCUCAAACUUAACACAUCUUUCUAAAGUGGACAUUAUGACUAGAUUUUGUCAAUAUGUCAAUGUAUUUCAAACGUGAACAACUUUCUUUCAAUUUUAGAUGAUGCAAUUUGAAUGGCUAAAUGAAUAGAAAAUAUUUUUUUCAAUAUUUUCCUAGUAAAUCUCAAUGUUUAAUUCAUUAGAAAUAGUUUGAUUUGCCUAUAUUUAAUUUUAUACUCUCUUUAGAAUGCUUCUUUACUUCCAUUACUAGAAUCUACAUGUUCCUACAAGGAUGAGUAAUAUAUUCCCACUAAUUGUUUAAUUAAUUAUUUUUCAAGUGAUAACAACCCGAAGCUCAUGAGCAUAGCGGUUAAAAUAAAGAGUGUAGAAUAUAAAUAAAAUGUGUGCAACUGUACGUUAAACAAUAUACUUUUCUGCUUUCAUUUCUCAUUUUUGUGUCUUUGUACUGAUCGGUUUGCAACAAUAAGUCAUGAAGUCAUGAUUGAUCUGUGAAAAGACAGACAAUUUAUGACUGCUUUAAUAUGUGCGAGUCUGUCUUCUCAUAAAUCUGACAUUGAUUCUAAAGAUAGUUUUGCUCAAAUUCUUAUUUCAAUGUCUAUCAAAAUUUAUCCAAUAAACAAAUCAUUGGUUAGGUACCAGCAGUUAUUAGUGUAAUAUUAUGAAGGUAGCUAUUUUGAAAUGCAGAGGUAUGUAGUUUGGUGAUAUUUAAAAGAUUCAACUUAUUAUUGUGUUUGGGAUCCAUAAAAGUACAUUAAACUUUGAUUCAGCAUUUUCAAUUUAUUGGAACAACUCCAGAAAGUUACCUACAUUAAGAGUCAAGCUCUAAAACUGCUGAAUAGGGGUAACGGAUCUGUCAGUGACUGUCACUCCCUUUGUCUAGUAUCGAUUUUUUCAGGAAAAGAAACCUGACCGUUAGCUUAUCUGGAUUUGCAUUGAUUGUAGUAUUUUUAUGCUUUUUUACAGCCUAGAACAGCCAGCGUAGUUAGUCCGAUCUUUAUAUUAAUACGAUUUUAAUAUAGGAGAUAAAUGUAUUUGUUCUCUAAAUACACAAUUAGUUUGUCUAGUGACUAGUGUGGAAAUCACGGUGUUAAAAUUAGAGUUUAGUAUGAAAAUAUUUUAUUACAAGAUUGAGUGAGGCAGUGAGGACUUCUGACGGGAAUUUUUCGUCAUUCUUUAGGGUCCACCAUUAUUUGAGCUACUGUUUCCAGCUUUAUUGAAGGAACCUUUGACCCUUUAAUCCUAAAUGACGCUCUAUUCUUAAGUGGAUAAACAAAUAAUGCAGGGGUCAUGACCCCAAUUCGAUCGUUCUAAGAGUUUCUUUAGAGUUGAAUGAGAAUGAGUCAUGCCAUGGUGGAAAAGUAUUACUUUCAUCUACAGUUUUUUUAAGGGGGUUUCUAAAUCAUUCUUUUUAUUGAUUCUAUUUACCUUCUCGAUAAGAAUGAUAAGUUCUUGGGCAAUAUUUAGCGGGCUUUGGCAUUCUUCGGUGGGCAUUCUUUUACAAAAUGAAUAAUUGAUAUCUCCCCCACGUUAACGGUAGUCUACGUCACUCAAAGUGGAACUCGUUGGAUUAUCUGCCCCUUAGCCUUUAAACAUUUCAUUUUCACAAAAGCUCGCAUUGAAAGCCGGGGCAUAGCUGUUGCAUGACGGAGCGGGUCAACAAUAUGGUGGAGUGUGAGAUCAAUAGAAAGUACGUUACGGGGCCGUCAGUACGAAUUUUUAUCACGUUUCAGAAUGCAAGGGUAAUUGUCUGCUAUAGAAUUUCGUGCUAUAUAAAAACAAAAAAUCGGAUUAUUUUUUUGUUGUUGUAAAAACGUGAAUAUUGUCCCCCUUUAAACAAAAAUUCAGAAUAAGGAAUGUUUAAAAACAAUAUUUUAAUAUUAUUAAUCAAAUUGGUUCCUUUAACUGCAAAUUGUGAUUUAGGGUUUCUGAUCCAUCAGACAGAAUAUAGGCUGACAUGAAAUUCCCCCCCCCCCCCGCCUUAUUUAUCCUUUACUUUUGACUACAACGAGUCUUACGCUUUUGGGGAGCUUGUCUAUGGCAGUCCAUGCGCUACAACUAGUGUUCAUUAUUCUUAAAACCUCGUGGAUAAUACGAUCUGAUGGGUUGGUUCACCUGAGGGUAAAUGAUUCUGGCCGCUACUUGCGGCUGACACUGAGGCGUAUUGCCAUGUGGACUUGUGGUAAUCAAGUGAACAACUUAACUACCAAGUUCCAAGAAAAUAUUACUUGCAGCUUUAAAAAAAAAUAAUAAUUGGGGCGUCCAUAAUUUACGCUAAGAUAACCUGGAGAGAUGGCAGGAGAGUUUGACAAUUCUUGACGUGGGGUUGGGGGGGGUGGUUGUUAAUGGUUUCAAGCCUAAUACAAUUGAUUAAUUGAUGCCAAUAGUGUUAGUGUUCUGUAGAUCGUUGUCAUUUACAGAUAAUGAAUUGUUUAAAGAUGUUGCAGUUUCAUGGGUUUAACCAACUAGUCCUAUAAAAGUAGGCUUUUAAUGGCGGUCUUUUAUAAUGAAACAUAUCAGCAUUAUAAGAUGAGUUAGAUGUGCGUGGGUCUGUGUGCACUACGGACAGCUGGUCAGGAUGCUAGCACACUUUGUUAGUGGAUGAGAAGUCAGAUGGUGGGCUACGGACAGCUGGUCAGGAUGCUAGCACACUUUGUUAGUGAAUGAGAAGUCAGAUGGUGGGCUCUCUCCACCUGUAGAUUUUGUCUGUCGUAUCUGAAAUGGGGGAGGGGGGGGGCGGUGUGUUGCCGUCAAGUUUAAGAUCUGGACCAAGGACAUGCGUCGAUUAAAGUGGGCAGUCGGGAUAAAUUAGGUCAAUAGACCAAAGAUACGAAAUUAGGUAAAUAGAGCGAAGAUAGCCUGGGAAUUAGGGGCACGUGAAAUGGGUGCCAUCGUAAAGUGGGUGGCAUCGUAAAAAAAAAGGCUGACGAAAAAGGGAGUGGGUGGGUACAAAACGCUUAAUAAUUGUAGACGGUUGACCAAACUUUUUGCACACAUCCGUGCAUUAGAGUAGCGAUUCUAAAAUGCGUUUACCUUCAAAUAACGCAACCUAUGUAGGCUAUUUUGGUUUUCAAUAUAUAAAAAUUACUCAAAAUAUCCUGAUUCAUGUUUGGGGGCCUUACCUUUGUAGCACCCUGAUUCAGGUUUGGGGGCCUUACCUUUGUAGCACCCUGAUUCGUGUGUGGGGGCCUUACCUUUUUAGCACCCUGAUUCAUGUGUGGGGGCCUUACCUUUGUAGCACCCUGAUUCAUGUGUGGGGGCCUUACCUUUGUAGCACCCUGAUUCAUGUGUGGGGGCCUUACCUUUGUAGCACCCUGAUUCAGGUUUGGGGGCCUUACCUUUGUAGCACCCUGAUUCAGGUUUGGGGGCCUUACCUUUGUAGCUGAUCUAACUUCAUUGUUGACGGGCAUUACGAUGUGUUGCAUUUCUUAUCGUCAGGAAUGUUUCAUACAGAUGUGCAAGGUUUAAUAAGUUUAAAUUAAAUUCUUCAACUGAGUUUUUUAAAAAGUCGCUAUCGCCCAACGCCACUAUGUAACGUUAGGCCACUAAAGGGGUUUAAAAAAUCAAGGCACUUGAGAGAUCGUAUAUUUAAUCUAUCUUCCAAAGAAAAAUCAGAAAUGGGCCCGAGGCCAUUCACCAGGACGUAUCCGCAUAUUUUACAGGUGAAUACCGAGAGCUGUUGGAGGACAACAAACCAGCACUCGACCGGUGAAAACAUAUCCACGUCACGGGGGGGGGGGGGGGGGGGGGGAUUAAUGGCUCUAUAAUAAAGUAGCCGUGUCCAGACCUGGCGUGUUAAGCCGUGGCCCCCUACCCCCACAAGCGCACGCUUAAAAUCCGAUCCUUUGAAUAUUAUCAGAGGAAGAGUUGGGAAAGGGGGGGGGGGCGCUUUCUUCGCUAUAUCCCUUGCAACUUAGUAACGUAGAGGUCGUAGGGAGAAUGCAUUGUUUUAAUUAACCAGAUCAAUUACACUGGAAGCAUGAUUAACUUAUUUUUUUUUAUUGCAACAGGAGGUGCGCCCCCCCCCCCACCCACAAAAAAUACUAAUUUGUUAAUAUAUAAAUAAUUUUUUUUUAAAAAAGGUUAUGCGAAAAAAAAAAAUAAUAAAGUUGUUCGUAUAAAGCCUUUAAAUGGCUACAGUGGCUACAAUGGCUACAGUUCUUAAGAAAUGAUAUUUUCUUUAUCUCCCCCUUGAAAAUCAAGAAUAACUGAUUGUUUUGGGUGAUGCUGAGAAUGUGUUUUCAUCGGCAAGGAGUCAAGGUUCAGCUCGGUAGGAUGGCGGGGAGUGGGUCAAUUAGCCUUCCGAAGAUUUUGCCACAAAGAAACACGAGCUAAAGCGAAGUUAAUAUAAAGGAUUUCAAAAGCCAACCACGCCGUGCAAAAAUGUGCUCAUAUUUUCCACCCAGACCUGCCAGCCAUUUGUACCGUGACUAGAGACACUAGGGAAAAGUCGUCACGGCCUGUGUCCGCAUUCCUCGGGGCGCGACACAAGCGACACAAUCAAUCUGGGUCCACGACAGCGUUGAGCGCCGCCUACUGUGAAGUAUUUGGCCGGUGACAGCGCAAUACGUUAAUGCCGUAUCGAUUCCUUUACUGCUCAACCUGGGCGCGCGCAGACAGCGCAUCGUUGUUCAAAUGUAUUAUGUAUUGAACACAGAUCAGGCACGCAUAGUCUUAGCUCCUCACACACGGUGCUGUGUCGAACCUAAAUCAGGCACGCAUAGUCUUAGCUCCUCACAUACGGUGCUGUGUCGAACCUAAAUCAGGCACGCAUAGUCUUAGCUCCUCACACACGGUGCUGUAUCGAACCUAAAUCAGAUACGCAUAGUCUCAGUUCUUCCCAUACUGUGUAAUUUAUUGGGCUUAUUUCAAUCUUUCUCCUUCUGUAGGUUCAAUGUCAGGCUUAUCCCUAUACCGUCGACAUGACUCCCGUCAUGUGUUGGGGGGUUGCUAGACAUAGUAGCGACUGGGGCGUAUUUUGACUUUGCCGCCAAUAAUUGUCGAAAUCCAUAAUUCAAACUCACACAAAUUACCCAUAAAAUUGAUUACCAAGAAAAUUUAUGAAGUCGACCUAAGAAGUGUCACUCUUGAGGGGGGGGUGGCGGUGCAGCACCACCAUCCACAACCUCUUCCAAAGCCAUUGCAUCCAUGUAUUAGGUGUCUUCCUUGGCAGCUCUUUCUCUCCAGUGGCACACAGUGCGUUCCUCUUUCUCUCCAGUGGCACACAGUGCGCUCCUCUUUCUCCCCGGAGGCACGUGACGUGGUGCUUUCCUCUUUCUCCCCGGAGUCACGUGACGUGGUGCUUUCAUCUUUCUCCCCGGAGUCACGUGACGUGGUGCUUUCCUCUUUCUGGCAGCAUCCUAUGCUUAGCGGUUUUCCCCUAAACCAAUAACUGCACGUGUAUUCAACUGUUCCCUUGGUAGUCCCUUGAUAGUCCGUUGGUAGUCCCUUGGUAGUCCCUUGAUAGUCGCUUGAUAGUCCCUUGGUAGUCCCUUGAUAGUCCCUUGAUAGUCCCUUGGUAGUCCCUUGAUAGUCCGUUGGUAGUCCCUUGAUAGUCCCUUGGUAGUCCCUUGGUAGUCCCUUGAUAGUCCCUUGAGAUUGCUGCCAAGUUGUGGGCAUUUCUCCACCUCUUCCAGAAUCUUGUCACUGACUGAAAUGUUCACUGGGGCGUGACAUUGGACACUCAUCGUUGUAGCUGAUACUGAAAUGUUCACUGGGGCGUGACAUUGGACACUCAUCGUUGUAGCUGAUACUGAAAUGUUCACUGGGGCGUGACAUUGGACACUCAUCGUAGAUUUGUUUUGGUGGUGUUGCUGCUCAUCCCCAAUUAACCUUUUUUCCUGUUCUAAGCUGGUGGUGUUGCUGCUCAUCCCCAAUUAACCUUAUUCCUGUUCUAAGCUGGUGGUGUUGCUGCUCAUCACCAAUUAACCUUAUUUCCUGUUCUAAGCUGGUGGUGAUUCGUUUUGCAGACGAACUUGGCGUCUGGCGUUCCUUGAACCUGAAAUAUAAUCAAUUAAAUUUGAGGCCCAGCAGGCCAAACAAAAAUAUAGUGAAAUUGCUGGAAUGAAAAUUAAGCAGAUAAUAUUUUUUUAGGUCACUAGUAUGCGUGCAAUGGCAUUUAAAAUGUUAAUCUUUUAUUGUCCAGAUCAACACAUGUGACCAGAACACAGCAAGAUGUUGUGAAGUGAUUGAGCUCAAUGCCAAGGUUCAAGGUCAGCUGUUUAAACUGCUCAGCCUUUGUGCUCAGGAAGGUAAGGACAAGCUUACAGGAGAAUCUUUCUCAAUCUGUUCCUUCACAAUCUCUUCCUUCACAAUCUAUUCCUUCACAAUCUGUUCUUUUGUAAGAUUUUAGCGCCAGGCUAAUAAUAUUUUUUAAUAAUUUUAAUUUAUAUCCACCAACAGGUGGCAUGUAUGGCGGUGCUAACAUUAUCAAGUCUCGACUGCUGCCUUGGCUCGGGCAGAACUUUUUCACAUCGGGUGGAGCUGUCACUGCUGACACAAGUCUCAGCGUCCUGGCUGAGGCUGCGGCAAAGGACAGAGAGUUGUCAGAGCUCCAGGAGAUGUAUGAGAAGUCACUCGAUGAGCUGGACAUUGAACUACAGAACACACGUACAGAGAAUCAAGAUCUAAAGGAUGAGUGAGUAACAGGGGCUUGGGUAAAACUUUUCAAUUGUUGAUGAAAUUAAUUGUUUUUAAAGGUGUAAAUUUGAUAAGACAUAAUAAUUUUUUUUAAAUAUUUCUUUUGCGAACAAAUAUAUCAAACUGUAAAAUAAUCAAUAAAACAAAAAUUUCUCUCCAUUUUGAAUGAAUUAAUUGUUUUGCUUGUUUUUUCAAUGCAUACCAUGUAUAAACUUCACCAAAAUAUUAUAUUUAGACCAUGGGAGCUCAAAUGAUUUUCAAAAAAACUAUUAAAAUAUAGUUACAUAAAUUUGAUUAACGUCAAUGUUUAAUUGAAAGCAAUAAACAAAACAAUUUUAUGAGUGUUAAUAAAUUGUAUAAAAAAUGUUUGUACCCCUUGAAAUUGCCUCAAUGUCCUAAUCCAUUGUGUUGACUGGACAGACUUCAGGAAACAAAACUGGAACUUAACAGAAGUGUCAGAGCAUCAAGCAGUGACAAAAUGUUUACUGAGCUUGAGGUCAAUGAACUGAAACGAAAGUGAGUCCUCCAACCAACUGUCAGAGUCCUCUACUAUCAAGUCCUUCAACUGUCAGAGUCCUCUUAUUCUUAGUUUUCCAUCUUGUCUGGUGUUUUUUGUGUUUCUAGGAUUAAAAAAAAGCUUGAAAAUUGUCAAAGGAAAAAUUACAAAUAAAAGAAAGUGAAGAUGUAAUUGUUUUAAAUUUAAUAUUUGAUUCCUAUCAUCUCCAAAUUUUCAAAAUUAAUUCUAUAAAAAUUUAUCAUAAACAUAAUUUUAUUAAGAAGCCUUUUUAAGUGUCCAUCUCAUAGGAUCCAAACAUUUCUGAAUGAAAUUUUCGUCGAUGUAAUUAAGAAUUAUUUUUGUAAAUUAAUUGCCUCUUGAAAUAAUUUGAAUACAGGCUUGCUGCAGCGGAGGAAGAAAAUCGUUUACUGCGAUCAAAGUCUGGCCUUCUGGCAGAGUAUCAAACAGAGAUACGCAGGCUUCGAGAUGAUAUCGCUCUACUGUCCGCACGUAGGGAGGUCCUCUCCAAAAUACCUGACAUUCCACUGCCAAAACUGGAAGACAAACUUAGGUAAAUUGUCAACAGUUUGCAUUGGAAAUAAUUUCAAUUUAACCAUAAUACAAAACGUAUGGAAUUGAUAAUUUUUAUAAUUUCACAUUUUAUCUGACCUCACCAUAUAUAUAAUAUAACUCAAGUUUGAAUUGAAUGUUUUUUUUAUCUAAAUAAAUUUUCAUUAGUCAUUUAAUUAAAAUAAAUGAAAGAUGGCUUAUAAAUCUGUAUACAAAUUCUAUUAUGAGGUGUUGGUAUUCUAUUAUUUUUCCCUGUACUACAAAUGAGCCAUUAACUUUUCUUUAUUCUUAACUUUUUUUGAAUUUUUAAGCCAUUUUUUUGUUUGUGUGCUUUAGUUUGGCUAAAAAAAAUUUCACAUUUUAAAAGUAUUUGCUGAAGAUAGUACAACUAUAUUCAAUAUUGAUUUACAUUAAAAAAUUAUACUAGGUCUAUCUGUAUACAAUACUGGACCUAUCUAUAUACUAUACUAGACCUAUCUGUACACAAUGAAACAAGUGCUAGGAAAAAAAAAGAGGAUAGAAUCACUGCACAAUUAAUAAAAAAAAUAAUUGAUUAAAUGAAAAUAUAUUACAUAACUAAUAGUGAACUAAUAGAUAAGGAAUAAUGAUAUUGUACAUUUAAUCUCAACAGUUUGUCAAUCAUUUAGAUGAUUUUAAAUCCAUUAGAAGUGCUCCCAGUACUUCCAGUCCCAGGUUUUCCCCACUGUUUAACCUCAAUCUUGUGUAGCUUCUUGCAAGAAACAAAAGAUGAUCUUUCAGUGCUGCGAGCUGCGAGGGUAACGGUGCAAAGUGCUGAUUAUGAUCGUAAGAUUGAAAAUCUGCGCAGGGAGAUGGGGGACCAAUAUGGGCUAGAGUGAGUAUGGAGGGGGGCGGGGAUUUAGAGCACUGAGACUUAUCAUUUAAAGUAAUUUAAAGUAAAGCAACUGAUGCUAAGAAUAAUAUUUAAUGGAAAACUUGGGACCUCUGUUUGCGUAACUGAGAAUUAAACAAAUUUUGGCAAAGUUUUCAUUUUAAAAAAUAAUUUAACUUAGAAAUUUGAAUAAGAAUAUAUUUAUUGAAGCUACCAUACAAUUAUUCAUAAUAUUUUUAUUUAAAAUAGAGAACAUUAAGAAAUAAAUAAUUUAAUUGUAAAUAAGUAGGGUGGGCAUUAAUUAAGAAAAUACAAGUUUAUCAGUAAAAUGAUUAGACAUUUUAUCUACGACUUACAUUUAAAUAUUGAUUUAACCUUACACUUUAAGCAAAAUAAUCAAUAGCAGAAGGCUUUGAGAUGCGCUACUAAUUGGAAAUUAUUUUUAUCAUAAUGACAUAAUAUUAGAAUCAUUAGAUUGCUUUAAGUAUUUUACUCAAAGAUGUUGACAGUUUUCCCUCAAGCUUUUUAGUCAGGCUCUUGGAUGUAUGAAGAUCAUUUUUACUAUGAUAUCUGGAUGUAAUGUAAUCAGCAAUCUUUUGUCAUUUUAGUUACAGUCGGUUUGUUGGUUUUGUCAUGUUGAAAACAAGUUGAGUUUUCUGUCCCAAUGAUUAAUCUAUAAAAAAAAAGUUUAAAACUAAUUAACAUAUUUUCCCAUUCAUUGAUUGAUGCAUUAUUGAAUUAAGUUUUCACCUCUUACACUACUGAUCUUUACAGUAUCUAAAAGGAAACUUUGAAUUAACUUCAGAAUACUUCUUCCACUCAAUCAAAAUACAUAAUUCUUUAUGUAACAGUAACAUUGUUAUUAACACUACCAGAUGACACUGAUUUCACUUAGUAAAAUUCCUGAGAAGUGCACUAAAAGAAAAUUCUUUAAAAAACCACAAGUGUGUUUGAUGCUUGGUGGAUAUUAUUUUCUUUUGUUGUACGGAAAUAUUCUCAAUUGAAAUAUGUUAUUAGUUCAGGGGCCAUUGGCUUACGGGAUGGGGGCUUUGAGUUUUAGCACUAAUUAGAAAUUGUAUAAAGUGCAUUGCUUGAAUUCUUGUUUUGUCAAGUAACUUAAGUGGAUGGGAAGUUCACACAUUGAGGUCCCCAUUGUUUGGUGGGACACAAGUAACAUUAGUGGAUUGGAAGUUCACACAUUGAGGUCCCCAUUGUUUGGCUAGUUUUUAAUAUUGCAGGAUCAGCUUAGAUUUAGCCCUUGCUUAGACUUGCUUCAUUUCCAAAACUCAUUUACUUAUUUUUUGUAUGAUGACUUAAUAGACAUUUUUUAAAGAUUAUUUUCUUGCACAGUCAUUAAAGUAGUUCAAGUUUAAGCUGAAUGAAAAAUGAUUUUUUUUUUCAACUUACUUUAAUUCACAAUACCGUUCUAUGGUGAAGUAAAUUUUUACAAUCAUAGUUUUGCAGUUAUAGUUUUUUUAAUGGUAAAAAUACGAAUAUCCCUUGUCGAAUCUGUUAAUUUAAAAACAUUUAAAAAACCAAAUUUGAACAAUGUCUUAAAUUUUUCUUCUUGAAAACAAUUGAUCUUCUCUCUUUCAUUUUUAAGUUCAUUUCAAUUUCCUUUUAUUCUUCUUCUUCUUCUUCUAUAUCUGAAGGGCCCACGAUCAAUUUAUUUGUCAGAUAAGACAAUGACAUCAAUUUAUAAAUCAGCUGUCACAGAUAAGAAAAUGACAGCAAUUUAUAUAUCAGCUGUCACAAUGACAUCAAUUUAUAGACUUGCUGUCACUUUAAUAAUUUAAAUUUUUUUCAAAAACUUCCAGUGAUUUGAGCCUGUACUACCGUUAUGUCCCUGGACCAACCUCACCCCUGUCUAUUGAGGACACAAUCCAGCGUAUCCGACAGCAGAAUCUAGUGGCGCGCUUCAAUGACAUGUUCUCUCAGGACAGGCUGACCACAUUGGACACACUCCGGAGGUAUUCGGAUGAUGCAGAAAACAACCAGCGCAUCAUCUUUGCUAUCAUGCAGGUGAGAAGAAUGUAUUUAAAUAAUUUCAGCUUUUUCAUCAGGAACAAUUUUCAUUGAACCAACAGAAGGGACAGAAAUUGAUAAUUGACCCCCAAAAAAAUAAGGGCAUUUUUAUGAGUACAUAAAACAUUCCAAAACAUUGCUGAAAAAUAAUUGUGUGGCUAAAUUUAGGAAACUUAAAAAUGCCUGUAGAGAUGUUAAGAAAUUUUAUAGUAAACCUACUGAUGCAAUAACAUUACAACCUUUAAAUAUGAGAUGUCUUUUACUCUAACCAAAUGACAUACUUUAAAUAUGAUGAAUCUCUUACACUUUAACCAAAAAUAUUUAUUAUUAUUAUUAUAAGUCGUUUUAUAUAGCGUGGUACCCCAACCUACGGCUGGGCUCACCAUGCUGUACAUACAAUUAAACAAACAUAAUCAAAAACUUUAAAAAAUUAAUUAAAAUACAUUAAUUAAAUAAAACAAAACAAAUGUAUAUUUAAAACUAUUUACACGUCAAGCCAUGGACGACAAACAGCAGAAUCGUAUUUUGGUCAGAGGUUGGAAUCAGUCAGGAUAGUAGAGUUUAAAAAGAUGUGUUUUUACUGCAGUUUGACGGCUGUGAUGGUCGAUAUAUUGGGCGUGUGUCAUGGAAGAGAAUUCCAUUGUUUGGGGAACAGAAAGAAAUACAGAUAUUUUUUACUCUUUAACCAAAUGACAUACUUUGAACAUGAGGUAUCUCAUACUCUUUAACCAAAUGGUUUUCAUAUUUUAAGUUACAGCAUCCAUAUUUCUGAAAAAUUCUUAGUGUCACAUUUUUAAAGGAAAUAGUUGGUGUGCCUUCUCUCCCCCCACCCUCCCCUCACAAUUUCAUAUAUAUAAAUAUAUAUAAAAAUAUAUAUAAAUAUAUAUAUAAACAUGCUGAUUUAAUUAUCACCGCCUAUAGGAAGCUUUCAGUGUUGCCAAAUUGGAGUUCCGUCAGUUCAAGAUGAAGACUCGAGCAAACCUGGCCAAGACCCAUUACGGGCCAGACACUCUUGAAGAAGCAGUUCAGGAUUAUAUCAACAGAAACACAGACCUCUAUGACUUGCCAUCUAUGGUCUCCGUAAGUAAUAAACUAAUUAUUAUUUGAAGUUCAGUACAGUAAUGCCUCACUACCUUGAAAGUUGCAUUGCCUAAAAAAUGUAAAAAAUAUUAUAAAUAUAACUUUAAUUAAAAUUUAUCAAAAGAAAGAAUAAUUAAUGGAAAUAAAAUAUGUAUCAAAAAGAAUUAUUAAGCUUUAAACUAUAUAUAAAUCCCACUUCACAUUUUUUUGCAUUUCACAAGGGUGGGGGGUGGGGUGUACCGGAAUGUAGCAGCACGCUAACUAUAUUUGUAAGAUUAACAUAAAAUGUUCAUCGUAAACCUAAAGGACGGCUCAUAAUAAUGACAGAAAUCAUUUCUUUUUGGGUUUGUAGGAUGUAAUCAGAGCUUUGAAUCGCAACUGCAAGAUUUUCCUGCCACCAGACAUCAGCUUUGCCAUCUGUCAGCCAUUUAUUCGCGAAGCUGUGAAACUUGCCUGGCAGAUGAGUGCACUGGCUCAUCCACUGGACGUUGCCGUGGCCACGGAUGCUGAGCUUUUUGAUGACACCAAGUAGGUCCUGCCAGACUGUGGUUAAGAAUUGUGCCACAUCCUUGUUAGUGAUCUAGAAUCUAUCAAGUAUUAGUAUUAUAUUUAUUGAUAUAUCCAUAAGUUGAUGCUGUUGAGCCUUUUGUUGGACAAAAUGAAUGCAUGCUAACAGUAACAAAAUGAAUACACAUUAACAGUAACAAAAUGAAUACACAUUUAACAGUAACAAAAUGAAUACACAUUAACAGUAACAAAAUGAAUGCAUGUUAACAGUAACAAAAUGAAUGCAUGUUAACAGUAACAAAAUGAAUGCACAUUAAGAGUAACAAAAUGAAUGUAACAGUAAGAAAACGAAUGCAAAUCAAUAGUAACAAAAUGAAUGCGCAUUAACAGUAACAAAAUGAGAAUGUCCAAUCUGUCAUCAGGUGUAUCCAGUGCUGUUUGAAGUAAUAUCUGAUAAAAGUAGACAGAUUUUAAUGAAAGCACACAUUUCCACAAUUAUUUUUUUCCUACCCCACCCCACCCCCCCCCCCCCCCCCUCAAACUUUAUGAUUUAUAGAAAUGUCUUGAUAUUGAAUUAAAAAUUUUAGUAUUAACCUACAUAACUGGCCCAUCCUGGUUACCAAUACAUGUGUAGAAGCCACAGGUGGGUGGUGUCCACAUUGGGAAGCCACAGGUGGGUGGUGUCCACAGUGGGAAGCCACAGGUGGGGGAUGUCCACAGUGGGAAGCCAUUAUGAAUUUAGUGGUAGAUGCCCUUUGUGUGACUUAAAGGGCAUGUCUUUAUUAUUAUAAAAAGGCAAAAUGGUAUGAUUCCUUCAACAACUAUAGCCAUGAGUAGUUUUAAAUGUAGAAAUAGUUUGAUUCCUUCAACAUCUAUAGCCAUCAAUAGUUUUACGUAUUAAAUAUUUCUUUGCCAUGUGAAUAAUCAGUUGUUGAUUCUCAGUCAAAGCAACAUUUUUCCCCAAUUUUAGUGGGUUUUUUUUUUUUAGUUUUUCUCAUUUCAUUAACUUAUUUUUUAAAACACUUUAAAUCUAAUGCAAAAUAUAUAUUUAAAUGAAAAUAUUCCAUUUCCCAAUAAUUUAUAUUUUGACCAUCUAUAUAUUUUCAUUUAGGUACAGACGCAGUUAUGACUCAGAGUACACAGCCCCAUUGGUCAACCACCACAUCUGGCCGUGUCUUGUUCAAGGUUCUAGGACUUUGGUCAAAGGAGAGGCAGUAACUCGCCGUGGCGCUUCUUUGGUAAGUUUCAUUCCAAGAAAUCUUAGCUGGGAUUUUGACCUUGAGUCUGCUAGGCUGCUUAUGUUAUAUGUCCACAAUAAGAGAAAUUAUUCAACAACUGGACAUAAAUUGUUAGUAUUAAGUUAUGGAGAUGUGGCAAAUGAUCAGCUCUUAUUGCCAUGUAUUAGACCAAAGGUGUCCCACUGGCUGCCAUUGAACGGCAUAUACCGCACUGUAUCAAUUACGGCUUGUAGCAAUACGCAAUUAUUUUUUAAAUGUUAUUUUUAAUUCUAACAGCAAAUUGCUUUACUUGAAUUUGGAGUCUUCUAUCUGAGAAUCUGUGUUAAGUCUCUCAAUGAUGUCAUCAAUUAUUUUUCAAUUUAUUUGAUCAUUAUAGGUUUGAUUUGCUCUGUCAUAAAGGUUGCGUUAUAAUAAGCUUAUUUUUUUAUUAUCAGGGAACACCUCGCAGAUCUCGCAGUCCAGCUCGAGCUACAAGUCCAUUCCGUUCUCUGUCCCCAAGGGCCGUCUCCGUAAGUCCUAGCAGAUUUAGAAGCAGAUCCCCAAGCCCCCUUAGGCGAGGAAUUUCACCCACCAGACGAACAAGGUUUACAUAAAAGGUAAGCAGCAGUUACCUUGAUGAAAUGGGUUUUUUUAUUUUUCUUCUGCUGUUUGUUUCUGGUCAUUGCUUAGCUAUCAUUUAUUAGGGGAUUUUGAAACAAAAAAUGAGAUGGAUAUUACUGUAAUUGCUUAGCUAUCAUUUAUUGGGGGAUUUUGAAAAAAAAAAUGAGAUGGAUAUUACUGGUCAUUGCUUAGCUAUCAUUUAUUAGGGGAUUUUGAAACAAAAAAUGAGAUGGAUAUUACUGAAAAACAUUUUAUAAAAAAAUCUCUCACUCCGUCAGCUUUUUGGUUGUAACAUUUAUUUGGAUGCAGGAUUUUCAUGUUAAAUAUUUUAUAAUGUUAAAUGUACUGCUUUAUAUGUUUGUAUGAUGUUUCAUUUUUAUGUUUGUAAGAUGUUUAAUUUUAUGUUCAUAGAUGUUUUUUAAGUCAAUGUUAUGUUUGUAAUGAGCAAAUCUAUUUAUUUGUUUAGAAUUUCUUAAAUUUUUUUGUUUAAGUGUCUGUCAAUACCUAUAUUUUUUUUUAAUAAAAAAAAAAGCUUUGGUUUAAAUAGUACAAAGACAAACAAAUCCUUAAAAUGUAUUGGUUUAUUUCAGAAGAGCUCCACAUCCUGGACUCGGUGGUAAUGUUGUUCCUGUUGAUGGAGCUAAAUGUCUCAGUUUGAUUCAUUUGUAAAGCUACAAAACAAAGAUUAUAUUUAUCAGUUGGGGAACAAUUUAUUUAAUUUAAUGGAAUGGACUGAACAUAUGUAGGCUUAAUGUAACUUGUAACUGAAAAGUAUUUAUCGUUUGUAUUUUAGCUAGAUAAAUUAGUUUUACUUUUUUAACAUUUGACUGAUGUUGAUGUGAAAUUAUGUCAAGUGAGAAAUAAAUUUAAAUUUUGUUGGCCCAGUUUCCUCUAAAGUACCACUCAAGGCUGUCACAACCCUGACCUUAACACUAACACAACAGAUGAUGUAUAAUAUUUUCUUCUGGGUAAAUUCCUGUGCUAAUUUUGAAUGGGAAUGUAUGAAUUGCUAGCAUGAAUACAACAUUUUAUCAGAUUUAGGUCAUCUAAGAAAAUGGAAGCAGACUGUAGAAUGAGUAUUUCUAUUUCAUGGUUUUAAGGUUGUUGCACCAUUUCACUAUUGUAAAAUUAUUUUCAUUAAAAUAUUUCAUUAUUUGUUAAUACAAAGAAACAUAGAACUCUUUAGUUAAGUAUUCAUUGAGUAUAUUUUUAACCAAAUUAAUUUUUUCAGUACAACGAUAAGCCCAAUAUAUGCUUUGUCAAUAUUCAAUCAAGUGAGCACUUAAUAAAUCUAUAAAUACAUUUUUUAAAUGUUUAUUUAAAUUGAUGUGAUUGGUUUACCUCAAAUAUUCAUCUUAAAUGAUUUCUUAAUUCUAAUUUAAUGUAAGUUUUUUAAUUUAAUUAAAUUUUUAUAACAUUGUAAACUUAUUAAUUGAUUCACUCACUGUGAUAUAAACAAUUUUUUAGCUUUCACUUUUGGAAGCUUCUAUUGUGAACAAUGUUUGUUUUAUUUCUUGUAUUUUUUUAUGACUACGGAUGUAGAAGAUACUUAUUGAACUUAAACAAUACAAUUAAUUUUUUACUUACACCUUUUUUUUUUUGCCAAAAUGUCACCAAUCUCAAUAUCUCAACCAAGAAAUAGCAAUUGAACAUCAAGUUGUCUUAGUCUAUCAUAGCGUAUUGUUUUAUGUAAUUCACCAUCAAAGUAAUUGUGUGGGCAGGCAUUAAAGAGCUUAACAUGCUUGGAUGACAAAGGGAGACUUCUUUUGUGUUUGCAUUUAUCAUGCCAACCAACAGCCCAUGAACAGCAUUAACAAAAUAAGACAAUUUUUAGGAUAUAACUAUUUUUUAUUUUUAUUUUUUCCCUGAUGAAUUUGUUUUUUAAAAAAAUCAUAAUUUUCAUGAGACAAAAACAAGUGCUUUUUUUUCCUUUUCUUCAAAAAAAAUUGGUUGAUAUAACUUGCCCCGUUGAAAUGAGAUUUUUGAACAUGUACAGAAUUUACUCAUAAACAUUUAAGUUUAAGAUAAACAUGACCAUCGACUAACUGUAUUGGUCUAGUAACCGUAUAUACAAGUAUUAACAUAUAUAUAUAUAUAUUUAUAUCAACGUUUAAUGAUAUUAGCUCUCUGAAAUCCAACCUGUGAUUAUACAGUCAUCAUUCUUUAUUAUUAUUUUUUGUUGUAUGCAAUUAUUUAUCAUAUAAAUGACAGCUAUCUGUGAUAUAUUAAGAUCAUGGCAAGGGCCUGGUGAUUUCUUGUCAUAAAGUAUCAAAAGAUCAUGGCAAGGGCCUGGUGAUUUCUUGUCAUAGACAAAGUAUCAAAAGAUCAUGGCAAGGGCCUGGUGAUUUCUUGUCAUAGACAAAGUAUCAAAAGAUCAUGGCAAGGGUCUGGUGAUUUCUUGUCAUAGACAAAGUAUCAAAAGAUCAUCGCAAGGGCCUGGUGAUUUCUUGUCAUGGACAAAGUAUCACAACGUAAAGGUGACAGAGCUGGAUAAACGUCUGAAUUAAAAUUGAGUUAAUUUGCUUUAAAAUAAACUAAUAAUAUUCCAAUCCAUUAUUUUUACUGAGUUAAAAUUUGUUUAAAAACAUCAGCAUUUUCUAUCCCUUUAGAUUUUUAAAUUGACAAAUAUGUCAAUUUUUCAUCAGAAAAAUUAUUCAUAAUAUAAGAGUUCCUAUGACAACAAUGAAACAGCUUAACAUGGAUUGAUACAAAAAAUGAAACCUUUAUACAUUGUUUACCCAACUUUUACAACCCUUGACAUGCCCUUGCUGAAUCUAUGUUUUCCUAAGUCACCCUAUUUCAAAUUCUAAGAAGUGCACUGUAAAAUAUUGAUUACCAGUAAUUGUUUUUUAGAUAAAGGGUUGGGUUAACUUAAAUAAAAAGUCUCAUCUUGUUACCAUUAUAGCUUCUGUAAACAGUUAUUGCUCAGUGAGUUGCUGAUUUGAUUCCAGUCUGAUUAAAUUGAAAAUAAAAUGAAAUUUUUGUUAAAAAUUUCCUGCAUCCUUAAUAAGGUAUCCUGGGAACCACUGCUCUAAACAUUUAAAAGUUGUGGUUCAUUUGAUUCUGUCAAGUUUUGCUUAAAAUUUACAAUAUUUCUCUUCAAUUUUCUUUUUUCUUCCUAUCUAUAACUUUUAAAGAAAGAAAUAUUUGUACUUAUUUACUCUUGUAGUUAAAUAUUAAUAAAUAAAUACUUUUGUUUACUUUUCUGUCUCUCUUUCAAUAAA